AUGGCUCAAAGAGUUACUUUCAGAAGAAGAAACCCAUGUAUGUAUUUGACACCACGAAUUUACCAGGAACCAAGGACGUAUUUCAGAGUGUUGGGAGGGAACCAGAGAGAAAGCAUCAAAAGUUGA